AUGGAGUCGAGCAUCCGGGGGGUCGCACCUCCAGCGGCUGGGGAAGAUUCUCAAGGCAGCAGCGGUGACCUUAACCCCAGCCAGAAUGAGGAGCUCUCGGAUCUCACAGGCAGUGACCUCGAGGAAGAUAUGACGUGGAUAGAGUGGUUUUGCGGGCUCAAGGGGAACGAGAUGUUUGUGUUUGUGGACGAAGACUUCGUGCGGGAUGAUUUCAACCUCACCGGCCUCUCCACCCAAGUGCCAUACUACGACAAGGCAUUGUCAUUAAUUGUGGAAGGCGACCUCUCGGAUGACAGUCCUUCGGAUUCCGUGUCUUUCGCGUAUAUUGAGAAGAGUGCGGCCCUCCUCUUUGGCUUGAUUCAUGCCCGCUUCAUCCUCACCACCAAAGGUCUAGGCCUCCUGCAGCAGAAAGUUGCCGCUCAGGCGUACGCGAAGAACUGCCCGAACGCGCUGUGCGACUUUGCCCAUCUUGUUCCUUGCGCGCUUACUGACACGCCGAACCUGCACACCGUGAAGCUGUUUUGUGCAAGAUGCAAUGAGCUGUACCACCCCCCGCGUUCGUCCUAUCUAAAUAAUAUAGAUGGGGCCUUUUUCGGAACUUCUGUCGCUUCUCUCUUCUUCAUGGCCUAUCCGCAAAUGCUGCCUUCCAAGCCUCCCACAGCUCCCCUAGCGGGGGCCGGUGUCUCUCAGCGCGGCAGCGGCACCAACAGCGGGGAGAAGGAAACGGAAGGGGCUGCGCCUGCGGGCCGUGGCGAUACAGGCACCAGCAACAGCACCCCCGUCUAUUACAUUCCCAAGAUAUUUGGAUUCAAAGUCCAUCCAGACAGCAGGAAGCUCAUUCAAGAGCGAGAGGAGCAAAACAGGAAGCGUCAAGCUAUGCUGGCUGCGGCGGCGCCGCCAGUCGCUGCCGCUACGGCUGCUGCUGCUGAAUUGCAGCAGCAGCCGCAAGAAAGCGACAAGUGGUACGCUCCCGGGGCAGGCGGGGCCCCCCAGCAGGUCGAGAGCAGGGGCCCUGCGGGGGCCCCUGCUCAAGGGCCUGUGGGGCCCCCUAGGCCGGCGCGGCCCUCCAGGGCCUGA